GGGAGCGGUCGGCGGAGCUCCGUUAGGGCAGCCUGGCCCCGGCGCCCGCCCGGCCCCUCUCGCAGCGGCGUCUGGGCCCCCGCCACCGCCCGGGCCUCGCCGGUGCCCUCCGGCCGGUCCCCGCGCGCUCCCGAGCGGCUGCGAGCGAUGUGGGACGCGGACGGUUCAUCAGCAGUCUUGUAGCUGGAUCCCCUGGGAAGAAAAGUUGUAAAGCAUCGCGAAGAAAGCCUUUCCACUGGGAACACUGAUUUGCAACUGGAAAUGGGGAAUGGACUGUCAGACCAAACUUCCAUCCUGUCCAGCCUGCCUUCGUUCCAGUCCUAUCACAUCGUUAUUCUGGGUUUGGACUGUGCCGGGAAAACAACGGUGUUAUACAGGCUGCAGUUCAACGAAUUCGUCAAUACUGUGCCCACCAAAGGAUUCAACACCGAAAAAAUUAAGGUAACCUUGGGAAAUUCUAAGACAGUCACGUUUCACUUCUGGGAUGUAGGUGGCCAGGAGAAACUGAGGCCACUGUGGAAGUCCUACACCAGAUGCACAGAUGGCAUUGUGUUUGUUGUGGACUCCGUUGACGUUGAAAGGAUGGAAGAGGCGAAAACCGAACUUCAUAAAAUCACUAGGAUAUCAGAAAAUCAAGGCGUCCCCGUACUCAUAGUUGCUAACAAACAAGACCUGAGGAACUCGUUGUCUCUCUCAGAAAUUGAGAAAUUGUUAGCCAUGGGGGAACUGAGCUCGGCGACGCCCUGGCAUUUGCAGCCCACCUGUGCAAUCAUAGGAGACGGACUGAAGGAAGGACUGGAGAAACUCCACGAGAUGAUCAUUAAGAGAAGAAAGAUGUUGCGGCAACAGAAAAAGAAAAGAUGAGUGGUGAUGCCUUUCCUGUCCGUGUGGAGUAGAUCUCCUCUGGUCUGAUUUUGACAAAUGGAAGCCUGGUUUGCCUGCCUGCCCUUCUGGAUGCUCUUAAAGCUUUGUUUUGUUGAACAGUCCGAUGCCCAACUCGGUUGCCUUGUGGAAGAUGAGCAAAUGCCGUGCUUCUUAAAAUGGUCUCUUCUCCCUCCCCCACAAAUCUUUUGGUACUGCCAUUUUGGGAAGCCAAGCAAGGAUAGUAAAUUGACCAGAAAACAGUUGUGGAAAUUUGACCUCAAGUUAGAGAAAUAAAACUUUGAAGAAUGUC